AUGAACAUAGGGUUGGCCUUCGUCACUCUCUCGCUCUUCUCCGUUCUGAAGAAGCAGCCUUCGAACGCCGCCAUCUACUACGCCCGCCCUCUCUCUCACCGCCGCCACGUUCCCUUUCACUCUCCUCCGUCGCCUCUAUGCCGUUUCCUUCCUUCCGUCGCUUGGGUUUCCCGCGCUUUCCGUGUGAGCGAAGGUGAGAUCAUCGACGCUUAUGGCCUCGACUCUCUUGUCAUCAUCAGGCUCUUCAAAUUCGGCAUUAAGUUUUUCGCGGUGUGUUCUCUUGUUGGGUUGGUGGUACUGCUCCCUGUUAAUUAUGGUGCCCAGGAGGUUGAAAAUGGGAGUUCCUUUACAAUGGAUUCUUUUACAAUAUCCAAUGUUAAAAUAGGUUCAAAUAGAAGGAUUCAGCAAAUUCAAAAGUUAAAGCAUAGGCCUGAUCAAUUUACUAUCGUGGUUCGUGAAAUUCCAUUAUGCAUUGAACACAAGGCUCGUGACUGUUGUGUUGAUCAUUUCUUCAGUAAACAUUAUCCAAACACUUACUAUUCCUAUCAAAUGGUGUACAGAACUGAUGAUCUUGAGGAAUCGGUGAACCAAGCGAAGUCCCUUGCAAGAAAAAUAGAGGAUAUGAGAGAGAGUUGUAUGGCCAAGAGAAGUAGGGAUAGGUUGUCACUCUCGGGUUUAUUACAUCAAGAGACUUCAAAAGCUGCUUUGCUCGAGGAAAAGCUUCAAGCACUUAGUCACAAGAUUCAUCAGUUGCAACGCAAGGAUAUCCUUCAGAAAAAGGAGUUGCCUGUUGCUUUUGUAACAUUCAAGUCUCGUUCGGGUGCUGCAGCAGCAGCUCAUUUGCAACAGCAUUCACAUCCACUUCUUUGGAUCACUGAACAUGCCCCAGAACCAAGGGAUGUUUCAUGGAGGAAUAUGAGAGUAUCCUACAGAGUAGUUCCACUUCAUAGACUAGGCGUUCUCAUUGCAGCAUCACUGCUUACAGUUUUCUUUGCCAUACCGGUUACCGCAGUUCAAGGAAUAGCCAAAUAUGAGAAACUGAAGAAAUGGUUUCCUCCAGCCAUGGCUGUGCAGUUCAUACCAGGACUAAGCUCUAUAGUGACUGGUUUUCUUCCAAGUGUGGUACUCAAAGGAUUUAUAUAUAUUGUGCCUUUUACAAUGUUUGCUAUGGCUAAAAUAUCUGGAUGUAUUGCAAGAAGUAAAGAGGAGAUCAAAGCCUGCAACAUGGUUUUCUACUUUCUGGUUGGAAAUGUGUUCUUCUGGAGUGUGUUAUCAGGAUCCCUUCUUGAUUUAAUUGGAGAAUUUAUUACUCAACCCAAUAAUAUUCCGAGUCAUCUUGCUGAAGCUGUCUCUGCCCAAGCAGAUUUCUUUGUGACAUACAUCUUGACAGAUGGUCUCUCUGGGUUUUCUAUGGAGGUUAUCCAGCCUGGCAUGCUAAUUUGGGAUCUUUUGAAGUCUUGUGCUUAUGGCCGUCAAAGAGAGAGAAGUCCUUACCUUUAUUCAUUUCCUUACUUCAGAAUAAUCCCUUUAGUCUCUCUUUCAGUUCUAAUCGGAACAGUGUAUGCAGUAGUGGCACCAUUUUUGCUACCAUUUCUUGUCGUCUACUUCUGUUUAGGCUAUGUUGUCUUUGUCAACCAGAUUCAAGAUGUAUAUGAAACUACUUACGAAACAUGUGGACAAUAUUGGCCAUACAUUCAUCACUACAUUCUCCUUGCAAUCAUUCUCAUGCAGAUAACCAUGAUUGGUUUAUUUGGAUUGAAGUUAAAACCAGCUGCUUCUAUAUCAACCAUUCCAUUAAUUAUGUUCACAUGGAUGUUCAGUGAGUACUGCAAGAUGCGCUUUCUCCCUUCCUUCCACCAUUAUUCUCUCCUGGAUGCUGCAGAAAAUGAUGAAGUUGAUGAAAAGUGUGGACUACUGGAGUUACGUUGUGAGAGUGCAAUGAAUGCCUAUUAUCCACCAGGUUUACGACCAGUGAAUUUCAUGGCAUCAGAAUCCACCUCCACACCAUUAGUUGUCCACAGAGUUGACAAACACAGGAAAAGACGAAGGUUUCUGAGGAAGGAAAUGGAGCAAAGAGUGCAUCCUUCUUUCAUAAGGAGAUGGACUUAUGACGUUUUCCUGAGUUUUAGAGGAGAGGAUACCCGCUUUGGUUUCACCGGUCAUCUCUACAAUGUUUUAUGCCAAAAGGGGAUCAAGACUUUCAUGGAUAGUGAGACGCUUGAGAGAGGAGAACAAAUUUCAGCCACCAUUUUCAAAGCCAUUGAAGAGUCUAGGAUGGCCAUUAUUGUGUUCUCGAAAAGCUAUGCAUCCUCCACAUGGUGCCUUGAAGAACUUGUCAGAAUCCUCGAUUGUAAGAAAACCAAGAAACUCAGAGUUUAUCCGGUAUUUUACAACGUGCAUCCAUCAGAGGUUCGACAUCAGACCGGAUGUUAUGGUCUACAUUUGGCUAACCAUGAAAGUAAAAUGAGGUGUGAACAAGAAAAGGUGAAAAUUUGGAGGAUGGCUCUGCAUGAAGCUGCCAAUAUUGCAGGGUGGCCUUUUCAAAAUGGCCGAGUUGAGAUAUGUUAUUGUUGA